GUUGGCCCGCUCUGCGUGAGGGUGGGUGCGCAGAUUUGUGUGUGUCCAGGUGUGAGACUUCAUGAGGAGCCGGACAGAGCGGCAGGAAAAGAGCUCAGUGAGGGGGCCCCGACUGCUGAGCAUGGGGCCGACGCAUUGAGGGCCCCCUUAGGUGAUACACCGGACGAUUAAAAAGUCUUAUUCUAUAAAAGAUGGUUGCAGAAGAAGCGGUGAUCACGUUGUCUGGGGGAGCGCCAUGGGGAUUUCGUCUCCAGGGAGGUGUGGAGCACCAGAAGCCCCUCCAGGUGGCAAAGGUGCGUAAACGCAGCAAGGCUUGUCGGGCUGGGCUGCGGGAGGCUGAUGAGAUCGUGGCGAUCAACGAGGAGUCAUGUGAGUCACUCUCGCACGCCCAGGCCAUGAACCUCAUCGAUAGCUCCCCAGGUGUGCUGCACAUCCGAGUCAAAAGGGUGCCGGCGGGGUUUCAGUCAGUGGUCCUCGUCAGCCGUGCUCCCUCACCACGAAUAGACAAAGAGUAUCGUGCUGCCUUGCGAGCGCUGUCUCCCACCCAUUACAACCACGCCCCAGUACGUGAAGUCCACCGCAGCAGGUCUUCUUUAACCAGCGGGCUUACCUCACCACCUGGCAGUGAGGCUUACUACGGCGAGACAGACAGCGAUGCAGAUGUGGCGGGCUAUGAGAGACAGCGCAGACAGAAGCGACGCAGCCCCAGCAACUCCAACCCUGGGAAACCAACAGGACGUGCCUCUCCUGAGGGCGGAGAGACAUCAGAGAUGAGCGGUUAUGACAGCGCCCCAGAUGCACGUGUUUACCACAGUUUGUUAGAAACGGGAGCUGGAAACGGUGGCGUGGGCCUACCAGGCGUGGCCCGGAGGGAGGUCGUCUACCAGCCGCAUGGUCCUGGCAUGUGGUCAUCUCAGACGUCCACAGAGACUUCCUCCAUCAUCUCCUCAGCAGAUGACCAGGGGCCACGGGAUGUAGCACAGGAGGAAGACAGUGGAUUCCUGGAGCCAGCUAAUGUGCCACUGGUGUCGCCUGAAAGGGCAAAAGAGGCCUUGAUGUUGAGUUCCCGAAGUCAGCUGGUUCCCAUGGUUGGCCCUCUGAGUAAACCAAUCGAUGAAGAGCUCACAACAACCUACAUGGAGAAAGCCAAGCAAGCCAAACUGAAUCGAGGAGAUACACAGCAGGACAAACAUGUAAAGGAGGCAAAAAGCAAGUGCAAAACAAUAGCAUCCCUGCUAACUGAUGCGCCAAACCCACACUCCAAAGGAGUGCUGAUGUUUAAGAAGAGGCGGCAGCGCUCUAAGAAAUACACUCUCACCAGCUUUGGCAGUGUGGAUGAGGACAGAUGUUUGGAUUCACAGGAAGAGGACGGAGUGUUUCCGGGAAGUGAGUCAGAGUUUGAUGAAGAUGGCUUCUCCUCGGUCCCUGACCCAACAUGGGACAGCGAAUACAUGGAUAUGUUAGAGAAACGGGCGACUGCAGGCACGGAGGGUCGGGGCGACGGGGCGGAGGAUGCACCAAGUCCUGGGUUAAGCGACAUCUCAGGAAAAGGGGCCAAACUAUUCGAACAGCAAAGAAAAAGGGCAGCUGAGCAUGCAAAGAAGGUGGAGGCAUCACAACCUCCGACGUCUCCGCAGUCUCAUUUGGUCGAUCAGAAUCAGAUGUAUGAGGUGAAGCCACAGAUGCAGUCCAGCUUUCAGCCUCAGCCAGCACCAGGAACCAUCGAGCAAUCACCAAAUCUUGGUGCCAGCUCUGUUGGCAAUGUACCGAUGGCACCUCCACCUGUGGCCCCAAAACCAUCUACUGCACCUGUAACCGUCAUUUCAGGACUCACCUCGCCAUCAGAGACACCGCUGCCAGAACUACCCACCAGCAAUGUACUCAACAGAACAGCCCGUCCAUUCACACCCGGGUUCAUCAGUAUUCGCGCCUCAACUGCACCCGUCACAUUCAGGCCACCCGUCACAAAAGCAGCACAGCGACCAGCAUCGGCAGCAGUUGUCCAACCAGCUUUCCACACACCCCAGGAACAAGCUAGCCACUCUGCAAACAUAUUUUACCCACAAGCUCCAAGUCAUGUACCAGCUCAGCAUUCAAUGCCAUCGGUUCCCUUUGCUCCAUCACCAGAGGCUCCAGUUACUCUGCAUGCUCCGGCCAUCUCCACAUCAGUAGAUACUGUGCGUAUAGCACAACCCUUAACAACAUCGUACCCGGCUCAAUUUGCAACCGUACCUCAGUUUUCUUCACCUUCAUCGCCUCGAGUUGUGCAACAACCCAUGGCUCGGUCACCUGUCCAGUCAGUACCACAAUCGCCCAGUUCUGUACACUUUGGUUCCUCCGUUCCUCCUCCAGCUCAGGUGUCGGUUAGUCAGCAACCUCCACCACAGAUUUCAGUGUCACCUGUACGCCCAGUAACCGUAGUAAACCAGCAGGAGGAGGUUGCACCAACUCCUGUUCCAGGGCCCACUGGUCGAACUGGAAUUUUGCUUGAGGCCCGAAAACGGGGUGGAAAACCAAAGCCGAUGUUCAGUAUGCCCGAGAUGAAGAAAAACUCCCCGAAUCCGGACUUACUGUCCAUGGUCCAAAACCUUGAUGAAAGAUUCAGUCGCUACAAGUACGGCCAGCCUCCAUCCGAUGCUGCGUAUGAUGGUGCAGAAGAUGAUGGCUCUGGUGAGGUAGGUGCCGGGAGAUUCCCUCCGCCUGUGGCACCAAAGCCACGAGUUAUCCACGAGACACCACAAAUUCUUCAAGCAGGCGGGAAGGGCGCGCAACUCUUUGCUCGCAGACAGAACCGCAUGGGUAUGUAUGUUGUGGAUACCCCACCUGAGACCCCCUACCAACAGGAGGUGACGUCAUACAGCUCUUCCCAACUUGAUCCUUCAUCAUGCCCUUCCUAUUCAUCGCAAUGGAAAUACUCUCCAAAUGUACGAGCUCCUCCACCAAUUGGUUACAACCCACUGCUUGCUCCUUCCAUACCAACGGGACCUCAGAGAAGUACCGGACAGCCGGAGAGCCGGGGCAGAGGAGGUCCACAUAGAGAUGGAAUUAAAGCUAUUGAUUUCAUGAGACGGCAGCCAUACCAGCUCAAUUCAGCCAUGUUUAACUAUGGAGGCAGUGCAGCCAAUUUGGCACCAACGGCCAACUACUCAGCCCAGGGGCACCAACAGGGAGAUUAUGGAAGAAUGGUUGGCAGCUCUUUAACAACACCAAAGCAGAUACCUGUCAAAACAGCUCGUACCUAUGAGAUCAAGCGUUUCUCAACACCUACUCCUAUGUCAGCUCCCACCCUGUCACCAAAAGUCAUCGCACCCCGCUCAGCUACCACCCUUGGUGAGCGAAUUAACCACUCCGAAAGCAAUUCCCCCCCUGCUGAUCUGUUCUCUCCAAGGUCAUCCACCGCAUCUACAACGAUACCAGUCAAUCCCCCAUCCAUCUCUUCCCCUCCAGCCACAACCAGCGGACUCCCUAGCCUCCCAAAAUUCUCAACCGCUCCCGUGCACAAUCCUCUGAUGCCUGCUGGCCCGACACCGUACACUCCUAUUUCAUACAACAGCGGCCUACAGUCAGCCAAGCAGUUCCAGAGUGCCCCUGAGCUAAGCAUCCUCGCCUCUCUGCCUCCUCUGAAGACCCACUCUAUUCAAGCACCUAAGCCACGGUUUGUUGCCACCAAAGGGGGUGUUCAGCCGCGAGUCUGGAGACCCGGUGCAAUGUAGAGAGGUGACGUUGUCCCUCAGCCACACUUUGAACUACACGAUGUGAAUGCUUCAUGAAAAAAUAAUUUGGUUUAUUUCAAAGUGGGUCAACUUAUUACGUGUUCUAUGAUCACAAGAGAAAAACCAUCACUGGCCAGAGGAGUGCUUUAGAUUUGGUAUCACGGUCCACAAAAUGUUAUGUUUGUUUUACCUGCUGUAUGACCCUUCCCGACAGUCCUUUCAGUACAUUGUACAAAUAUAGGUGUUUGAAUGGAUACGUGCACUAUACACAUUUUAAGGCUGUUGCAAGAAACACAUUUGGGCUUUCAGUGUGGUCUUUCUGAGCAUAUGUAAUUCUUGACGUUGAUUUUUAUUAAACAAAUGUCAAAAAUGAAGGAAGUGUAUUCUGAUUUCUUAAGGAAUUUUUUGGAGAUCUACGGAAUGUUGUUUUGCCCUGAAAAUUCUAUAAAGAGCAGUGAAGAGCUUUUGGACUAGGAAGGGUUACGAUGGGCCAAAAAAGAUCACAAAGUGAUGUUUGGCGGAAAUAUGUGGUUGAAAUGCCACGAUUGUCGGAGAAAGAAAACAAGCAGGAAUGGUACACAGAGCAAGAGAACAGGCGACGAAGCUGAAGAAGCAAAAGAGCAGGAGAAAUUUGUCUCAGCCUUUUACAGACAAGGAAAGGUGGCUACAGUGUGACCAUCACAAGUCAUGUAGAAUGUUACAAACUGGUGUUCUUAUCAUCAGGGAAAGUCAGAAAUUUAUUUUGUAUAAUUUUAGAUAAUAUAUUUAACAGUACUUUUUCUUGUAUGUUAAUAUUAAAGCUUCCAAAAAUGAGGUUGUUUUAGACAUGAAAAGUACAAUGCAUUUCCAUGCAUGGCCUGACUGUAGAUGUGUGAAAAUGUUUGUGAUAAAUGCUCAUUGGUUGUAUUUAUAUUGAACCGU